CUGACCCACCCUGACCGGACAGUAUAAACUCAGGACAGAUGCCCUGGAGAAAUCACUCGGACGUCCCAGGGACCCAGGAUUUCAGCAAGGACAAGUCGCCCACAACCACAAGAAUGUGCUCCCUCCCCAUGGCAAGAUACUACAUAAUUAAGGAUGCGGAUCAGAAGGCUCUAUACUUAAGAGGCGACCAGCUCCUGGUGGGAGAUCCCAGUGCGGACAAUUGCUGUGCAGAGAAGAUCUGCAUACUUCCCAACAGAGGCCUGGACCGCACCAAAGUCCCCAUCUUCCUGGGGAUCCAGGGAGGCCGUCGCUGCCUAGCCUGUGUGGAGACAGGAGAGGGGCCUACCCUGCAGCUGGAGGAUGUGAACAUCGAGGACCUGUACAAGGGUGGUGAAGAGGCCACACGCUUCACCUUCUUCCAGAGAAGCUUGGGCUCAGCCUUCAGGCUUGAGGCCGCUGCCUGGCCUGGCUGGUUUGUCUGUGGCCCAGCUGAGCCCCAGCAGCCAGUACAACUUGUCAAGGAGAGUGAGCCAUUGGCCCGCACUGAGUUCUACUUUGAACAGAGUCGGUAGGGAGGCAGGAGGCUGAGUUCCAGGCUGAUCCCCCAAAGCAACCUCCUCCUGCUCAGGAUCUGUGUGGUAGGCAGAAUAACGCCCCCAAAGAUGUCCACAUCCUAACCCUCAGAAUCUGUGAAUGCUUUACCUCACAAGGCAAAAGGGACUUGGCAAACGUGAUUAAGGUAAGGGUCUUGAGAUGAGGAGACCAUCCUGGAUUAUCCCAGUGGGCCCAGUGUAACCACAAGGGACCUCAUAAGAGUGAGACAGGAGGAUGAGAGCCAGAGACUAGAAAAUGCUAUGCUGCUAAUUUCAAAUGUAGUGAAUGGGGGCUACCAGUCAGUGAAUGCUGGUGGUUUCCAGAAGCUGGAAAAGGCAAGGGAAAAGAUGCUUCCCUAGAGCUUCUAGGAGAAACAAUUGAAUUUUACUCCAGUGAAACCCAUUUCAAACUUCGGAUCUCCAGAACUGUAAAAUAAUAAAUGUGUGUUGCUUU